AUGUUUAGACGGUGCCUCGUUCAGGUCCUUCAGCAAAGACGGUCUAUAUUUCUUCAUAGCAAACAGUUAUCUAAAUACUACACUACUUUCUCUCUGCCUAGACGAUUUCCUGUCUUGGCUGAACAAGCCAAUAGUCGUAACUCCCGUUCAUCAACUCCAGAGUCUGUCGAUACAAGAGCUACAGAAAUAAAGGACGCAAAAUUGAUAUUUAACCAAGCAUGGAAAAAUAUAGAAGAUCAUUAUGGACGAGAGAAUAUUCAUUUACCCAGAGAAAUUAUCUUUUUGAUGGGAAAAGGAACACACACUCCUUCGAUACUUAGAGCACGUGGAAUCACCAACCCUCCUAUCUCAGUAUCUCAACUACUGCAAACACCAGAAUGUAAAGAGUUGAUCAAUCAAGGACAGAUGAUAUCAGACAGAUAUGUCAUUGAACUCGUGCUACAUGCCAUGUUGGAUUGUGACCCCACUGUGGGAGUACUCGUUGAUGGAUUUCCUCGUACAGACAUUCAGGUGGAAGCACUAAGACUGCUUCAUGACAAAAUGACCGAGCUUAGACGGCAGUAUUGGGAUACAGAUAGAAGAGAUCAAUUCCCGCGCCCUGUCUUUCGUAUCUGUGUACUGUAUGUAGAUGAAGAAAUCUCGGUGCAGCGACAAUUGGCAAGAGGAAGAAUGAUUCGUGAGCAUAAUAUGGAAGUAAAGAAGACGGGUCAAGGUGUCUUGUGGGAAGAGCGUGUGACAGAUAAUGACGAAAGUUUGAUCCGUGAGAGAUAUGCAAUCUUUAAAGCACACUAUGGAUCAUUAUUGAAGCUAUCAAAAAUGUUUCCUUUCCAUUUGGUUAAUGCGACUGGAUCCAUCAAGGAAGUACUACACAUCAUCUUAAAGGAAUUCGAGUAUCAAUCUUCUUUGGAAUUGGAUUCUGAUACCUAUGAUUCCAUUUCACAUAUUCCAUUAGCAUCCCAAAUCGGUGUUCAUGCACGUCAGGACCUUAUCAGUAGAUUAGAACACUAUCAACAAACAGAACCGUACAAUUUACAAAAGGCUAUUCAAUUUAUUGAUGAACAGGUUAUUCCUCAAGUUCAUAGACAUGCGAUCAGUGGCCAUGCAAAUGUCCGAACGGAAAAUCCAAUGCUAGGAGAUGAUCACCUUGCUGCCAUAGUGAUGGAUGUAUUAUCAGAAAGAGGAUAUCAUGUCUACUUGGACCGUCGAGCUCAUCAUGUACCUGUUCGCUUUGAUUUAAAGACAGGAAAGAUUGAAUUAGACACACAUCAUAUUUAUUUAUUAACUGUCGAAUUUCCCAAACAUUACAUUCGGCCUUUAGAGCAAAAAUUCAAUUAA